AUUUUAUCAUGCAUUUCUCCACAUUACUUUUUAUAACUUGUGCAAUGCUAUAUGUUGUUUUCUCAAAAACUUACCACAUACAAAGUUAAUUACUGCUAAAUUUAUAUAUAUAGACGACACUUGGUAUUUAUUGUAUAAGACUAUCGAGAAAAGUGUGGGUGCUUUAUUUCUAUAUAUGUACGAAGCAACAAGUUUGAUUGGAAAUUAUUUACGUCAAAAGUGGCAUGGCAUUAAAGCCAUUGUCAUACAUAAACUGGUGGAGUAAACUCGUACAAAAUUUGAAACAAAUCCAUUAAAAUUGUUGUUGCAUUGUUAUGCAAGCGACCGGAGUAGACUCUGAAAGAAAUAACGUUGCCGGUACUAAGAACUAAGUUCAUGGAGCUCUUCUGAACCAAAACAACGAAAGGUAAAAGAAUAACAAAGUUAGUCACAUGUCGGCAAGAAAAGUAAGAGCAACAACAAAAUUUAAAUCGCUAAAAAUAAAUUAAAAAAUGUUUAGUCGUAUUUUAAUAAAUAUUAAGCAUCGAUCAAAUGCGACAUUACGUUCAUGGUCAUAUCAAUGCGAAUCAAUUGUGGCGCAACGUUCACGUCGAAUCCAACAGCUUUUUACCUUCUACCACCGCGUUUACGGUUCAAAUGGUCUACAACGACUGCUUCGAUCUUAUCACAAGCAAUUUGAACCGCCUUUAAGAGGUAUUAUGUUGAGUGCUGUAGGAGCUGUUGGCUUAAAUAUCAGUACAGCAAUUGAAGCGGCAGGUUUCAAUUGGGACAAAGAGCGCUUGAGCCUAAAAAAUUUUGACCUUUGUCGGAGAGAUCUUGAAUUUUUAAAUCAGUUGCCAAAUAAUGAAUUAUGUCCCCUAUGCCAGGAUAAGCGCAUGAAAUACUGUUAUUGCUCAGUAGGAAAUAAAAAGUGUAAAUCAUCUAAGGAUGGACAAGAAAGUAUGCGUAACUGUCGAGGACCGCUAAAUUUAAAAAGAGACUCUGUACCUAUAGGAAAUAAACUAAUAGAAACUGUUAGUGAACAGUUAUGGGAACCAUAUUUUAGCAAGGAUGAAUUCUCUGUUUGGAGGCGCGAAGAAAGAUCGACUAUGUACUCCUAUAAAGUGUACGCUCGCUUUGAUGAUGUUUCCGCCGAAGAUCUUCUACAUGUACAGACUGACUUAGAAUAUCGUCGACUGUGGGAUGAAACUGCUAUACAAUUGAAAAUGAUAGAAGAAGAUCCGCGGCCUAAUACCAAUUCACAUCUCAUCUAUUGGGAAAUGCAGUGGCCGAAACUUUUUUCCAAUCGCGAUUACGUCUAUUGUCGUCGUUUUGUUAAAGACGAAAAGCUUAAUGUUAUGAUGGUUUGUAGUCGUGGUACGGAACAUCCGAAAUAUCCGCUCUAUUCGAACAAAGUUAGAGUUAACGAUUAUUGGAGUUUGAUGGUUAUAAAACCAUAUGAAACAUUCAGUGAACCCGGUGUGCAUUACAUACUUACAUAUUUCGAUGAUCCAGGUUUACCAAUUCCACAAAAUAUUAAAUCAUGGGUAACUCAAAAACAAAUGCCUGAAUUUUUACGAAAAAUGUAUCUUGCAACGAAGCAGUACUCAUACAAACGGUCACUCGAAAUGCAACACAUUUUUAGUAUAUCAAACUUUCAUUUACAAAGUAGUGAAUACUUGGCGAACGAAUCCAGGACGAGCUGGUUUAAGAAAAUAUUACGCCCCCGUGAACCAGGGAAGGAAAAGUAAGGUUAUACCUACAUACAUACAAUAGUGCUUUUUGUUAAGAAAAAAGAAAAAUAAUGUUUAUUUUUUGAAACGAGAAGUGAUAAUGCUGUUGAAAUCGAAUCGAUUUACAUACAUAACAAUUGUUACGGAAGCCCCCAGUGCAAGAAACUAGAUUAACUGGAAUCGAUUGAAAAGUUUCACUAUUUAUUAAGGGAAGUUUGGUAAAGCAAUGGAUUUACCGUGAUUCAUAUUCAAACUAUAAUAAUGUAAAAGUAUAUUUAAAAUUUUAAAUUAAAAAUGCAAAAUAUUCGUGCAACAAAAGCAUUUUGGUAAUUUAGAAAUUCUAUUUCGUUUAAGACGAAUGUUUGUUAAUCUGAGGAACGAUUUACAAAUACGCAUAGCGGGCUACAUAUGUAUGUGUAUGUAUUUGAAAUUCAUUCAGACAAAAGGCUGAACAUCUAAUUUUCCGUAGAUACAUAUAAACCUAGCCAUUCAAUUCAGAAAAUACGUUCUAAUAAACAUUGGAAGAUAAGUCGUAGAUAAAUCGGUUAAAUUUAGUAAAAAUUAUUAUUAUUUUUAAAAAUAAUUACAAUGUAUGUAUAUACAUAUGUAAAUGCAUGUGUUAUUACAAAUUUAUAAAACAAGGAACACCUCUAAUACAAAGUUACAAUAAACAGACAAAAUGCAUUUACCUAUAAA